CUGAGGAAGGCCCCGAGGAGGCCGGGCGGCGAUGGCGGUCUCCUGCGCCGAGAUCCUGCGGAGGGAGUUCCCGGAACUCGACGGGGAGAUGUUCGACUACGUGACUGGUGUCCUCCAUAGCGGCAGCUCAGACUUCGAAUCAGUGGAUGAUCUAUUUGAAGCAGUCGGGGAGCUCUUGCAGGAUGUGGCCAGAGACUCCAAAGAUGACGAGGACAUCCGCGCUAUCUGUCAGCAGAUGUACAACACCCUUCACCUGGACAGUGAGAACCCCCAGGGAGACAGGCAAGUGCUCCUUGAUGCCCCAAUUCAACUUUCUAAGAUCACAGAUAAUUACGAUUCCGGUGUGGACCUGCUCCCGGGGCUGUGGCUGAAGAGAGAUCAAACCUCAAUGGUGAACACUAAGAAGCUAGAGAAGGCCGAAGCUCGCAUCAAAGCAAAACAGAACAAGAAGCAAGAGCGAGAUUCUGUGAAGUCGUGCAACCCCUUAGUGCUUGAGGAGGCGUCCGCCAGCCAAGCUGCCAGCAAGAAGGAGGCCCGCCUGGAAACCUCGGGCAAGAACAAGUCCUACGACGUUCGCAUUGAGAACUUUGAUGUGUCCUUCGGUGAGCGCGUCCUCCUAACAGGCGCAGAACUGAACCUGGCCUAUGGGCGGCGGUACGGGUUAGUUGGCCGGAAUGGGUUGGGCAAGACCACCUUGUUGAAGAUGAUCGCCAGCCGGAACCUGCGGAUCCCCUCGCACAUCAGCAUCCUCCACGUAGAGCAGGAAGUAGCAGGGGAUGACACGCCAGCCCUGCAGAGCGUGCUGGAGUGUGACACCACCCGGGAGAGCUUGCUGAAGGAAGAGAAGGCACUGACAGCCCAGGUCAACUCUGGAAGGGGAGAUGGUUCCGAAAGCUCCAGGCUGUCAGAAAUCUAUGCCCGGCUGGAAGAAAUUGAGGCAGACAAGGCCCCAGCAAGAGCGUCUGUCAUUCUGGCUGGGUUGGGAUUCAGUGCAAAGAUGCAACAGCAGACAACCAAAGAGUUCUCAGGAGGCUGGAGAAUGAGGCUGGCUUUAGCUCGUGCCCUCUUCGCCAGGCCUGACCUCCUACUGCUUGAUGAGCCGACCAACAUGCUGGACGUGAAGGCGAUCAUCUGGCUGGAGAACUACCUGCAGACGUGGCAGUCUACCAUCCUGGUGGUGUCCCAUGACCGGAACUUCCUGAAUGCCGUGGCCACUGACGUCAUCCACCUGCACUCGCAACGGCUCGACAGCUACCGUGGCGACUUCGAGAACUUCAUGAAGAUCAAGGAGGAGAGGCUGAAAAACCAGCAGCGGGAGUAUGAGGCCCAGCAGCAAUACCGGGAGCACAUCCAGGUCUUUAUCGACCGUUUCCGCUAUAAUGCAAACCGGGCAUCUCAAGUCCAGAGCAAGCUCAAACUGCUGGAGAAACUACCCAAGCUGAAACCCGUGGACAAGGAAUCUGAGGUGAUAAUGAAGUUCCCUGAUGGCUUCGAGAAAUUUUCUCCUCCCAUCUUGCAGUUGGAUGAAGUGGACUUCUACUACGAGCCUGGUCAUUACAUCUUCCACUCCCUCUCUGUCUCUGCUGACCUGGAAUCCCGCAUCUGCGUGGUAGGGGAGAAUGGAGCUGGCAAGUCCACUAUGUUGAAGAUCCUGAUGGGAGACCUGGCGCCUGUCCAAGGGAUCAGGCAUGCCCACAGGAACCUUAAGAUCGGUUAUUUCAGUCAGCACCAUGUCGAUCAGUUGGACCUGGACAUUAGUGCCACGGAGUUACUCGCAAAGAAGUUCCCAGGGAAGACAGAGGAGGAAUACCGUCACCAGCUGGGAUGCUAUGGGGUGUCUGGAGAGUUGGCAGUCCGCCCUGUUGCCAGCCUGUCCGGAGGCCAGAAGAGCCGGGUGGCAUUUGCCCAGAUGACCAUGCCCUGCCCCAACUUCUACAUUCUGGAUGAACCGACGAACCACCUGGACAUGGAGACCAUUGAGUCUUUGGCAAAGGCACUGAACAAAUUCCGGGGUGGCCUGAUCCUUGUUUCCCACGAUGAGCGCUUUAUCCGGCUGGUGUGUCAGGAGCUGUGGGUGUGCGGGAAUGGCACCGUGCAGCGCAUCGAUGGAGGCUUUGACGAGUAUAGAAACAUCUUGCAGGAGCAGUUCCGGAAGGAGGGCUUUCUAUAAAGCAGCUGUCCGGACUGCGUGUGAGCUGGCUGGGAGUGGAGCAGGCUGCACAGUGGUCCUCGUCCAACCAGUGGCGCAGCAGGGACUUUGCCUACAUCAUGUGAAUGUUUGCUGUGCAAUCAGCUGGAUGAAGCCUUCCCUUGGAAACCAGUGUCUGCUGGGAGGGGUGGUGUGCAAGAAGGGAUUUGGAGGAGGAAAGGGAAUCUCCCUUUUGCUGCUGCUGGAUCGGUGUCAUGUCUCUGCUGGGCAGGGACCAAAGGACAGUGAAGAGAAGGGCGGACAGUGUCCUGGGCUGCUUCGUGGAAGGGCGUGUGGGUGCGUUGGGAGUCUGCUGCCAGCAAUCCCUUUUCUUUCCAUAUGUCUGGUUGUAGAAUAAAAUCUGCCACUGCUGCCAUGUUCAAAGAGCAGAGGAGGAGGUUUCUGGGCAUAAAUGCUGCUCUGUACUGCACUUUCGGUAGCGUCUCCAGAAAUGAGGCAAAGCUGUAAACCCAGCUUUGAAAUGGUUGAGGUGGAGUGAGCCUCCUUCCUCCCCCCCUCUCCGCCCUCCAAUAUUCUGCAGCAAAGAGGUGCCACCUCUUCACGUGCCAAUCAAGAUCCUCUUAGGGAAGCAUCUCUCUCGUCAAGGCUUUGCCUUAAGUUGCCCUGGUGUUUUUCCUGCUCAGAAGGCAACACCUUUCUUUUCUGAAAGGUGGUUGUGUCUUCCUCUUCACCUUUGGCUGUGACCUCUGGAAGGGGCAAGCAUUGUAUAAGCCAAAGUAGUCUGGUAGGGAGGGAAAUACAGCAGCUCGCCCUACUGUCUGCCCAGAUGAUCGUGGUCCUUCUUCUUGUGGCCUUGGGCUAAGCUUCUGUAGAAGCUAAUAUUCAGCAUUACCCACUCUGGUCUCCAAAAUCUUCAAGGUCUAAACUCCACGCAGGACUAUGUUCUGCCCCAGCUAACGCACCCUGUCUUAGUGAUACUACAAAUAAAAUGGUUUUAUGUUGCUUAACGGUCAA